AGUGCGUCAGGCCGGCGCUUUAUAGAAGCAGCCUGGGCGGCUCCGCUCACUGUUUUUCUUCUCGCGCUUGAGUCUCUUCCUGGUCUUCGUGAAGAUGCAGCUCAAACCGAUGGAGAUCAACCCGGAGAUGCUGAACAAAGUGCUGGCCCGCUUGGGGGUCGCCGGGCAGUGGCGUUUCGUGGACGUGCUGGGGCUGGAGGAGGAGUCUCUGGGCUCGGUGCCAGCUCCUGCGUGCGCGCUGCUGCUGCUCUUUCCGCUCACCGCUCAGCAUGAGAAUUUCAGGAAAAAGCAGAUUGAAGAACUGAAGGGACAAGAAGUCAGUCCCAAAGUGUACUUCAUGAAGCAGACCAUUGGGAACUCCUGUGGGACCGUUGGACUGAUACAUGCAGUGGCCAAUAAUCAGGACAAACUGCAGUUUGACAAUGGAUCUGUCCUGAAGCAGUUUCUUUCUGAAACGGAGAAGCUGUCUCCUGAUGACAGAGCAAAAUGCUUUGAAAAGAAUGAGGCCAUCCAGGCAGCUCACGACGCUGUGGCACAGGAAGGCCAGUGUCGGGUAGACGACAAAGUGAACUUUCAUUUUAUUCUGUUUAACAACGUGGAUGGCCAUCUCUACGAACUCGAUGGACGAAUGCCUUUCCCCUUGAACCAUGGCACCAGUUCAGAGGACUCCCUGCUGCAGGAUGCUGCCAAGGUCUGCAGAGAAUUCACUGAGCGUGAGCAGGGGGAGGUCCGCUUCUCGGCCGUUGCGCUGUGCAAGGCAGCCUAA